UUAUUUCCAUUGAUGUGUAUUCGUCACUUUACCAAGAAUGGGGCGAGUACAAUUUCCUUUCACAUAAAAAAAAUGACUUGAAAUAAAGGGUGUAUCCAUAACAACCGUGCAAAAUAAAGCAGAGAAUAUAGCUGGAAGUCACGCUACAUCAACAAUUCUAUUGUGUCUUGAAGAAAGAAUAGCGCGUCACAACGGGGAAAUCCCCGAUUUUCCCCUCGUUGGCAUGCUGGCCGUGUUUGUGUCAGGUUGUUUGUAUUAGUACCGCUCGCUCUCAUUCAACGGAGGAUGCAUGGAACGCACAUUCUUUCGACAGAGCGGACGUGAUGCAGUUAAUGUCAAACAUUUGAUUAUUUCGUCAGAAAAAAAGUUUUUUUCUCUCUUAUUCAACAAAAUGGUGAAAAACGUUACUUAAACAAACGCGUAUCGUCUUUUUUUGUCAAAGAAUAACUUUUGAUAAAGUUCUUGAUGUUGUGAAGUUGUGGAAUUUAAGACUAAGACACUGUCGUCUGAUUCCCUUGAAUCUGGUAAUAAAUUGUCGAAGUUUUUAUUCGUUGGCGCGGAACGCCAAUCAGCGCAAACUACCCCUGACUCCCGCGAGACAAGCACCUUGAUGUUCCGACACUUUUUCAAUUUAUUGGAUUUUUCAUUCUACAGCUCCUGAAAAAAAGCAUCGUUGUCCAUGUACCCAAUGCGUUUAAGUAAACAACUGCCCCUUGGAACAAACUUCGAGUGAGUUGAAGGAGAUCGAUUGUUUCCGAAUCGCGAAUAGUUCUAACAUCUUCUAACAACUCGAGCUUGAAGCAGGCCAACGUGCGGUCCUUUGUCGCCCUAUCAUCCAAGAGUCUGGGGCGACUGAAUCCUUUUCCCAAAUGCUUAUCCUCGAAAACUUCUAUCUGGGUGCUUGUUUCUUCUGUGCUAUGGAAGCAACGGAUUUGCUAUGGAUUUCGAUCACCGUCAACUUUUCUUCGGCCCUUUUCUUUCUCACUCGAUCGCUCAUCGGUCGCUUAGCGGCCAGAUGGCGGGAGGCCAUCGACGACAAGUCAAUCUGGCGAUCGGUGGUGGAUAAACAUGAAGACGAGCCGUGGAGGUUUCCCAGAUUUGUCAUUGACGUAAUUCAGAGCGCCGUAAUGACUAUUGCAGGGUUCGCCAUCCUGUGUGUCGAUGACGUCAUUCACCAGCCCUUUCGUGGAACAUUCAGUAGCAUCGCUAAAACAGGUUUCUCAAUCGCCAUCGGCUGUUACAUCUACCGAAUCUUCCAAGACUCCGUACUGCACAAGAAGGUUAAACAUUUCAAGGUGGAUUUGGUUCACCAUCUCGUCACCAUUGCAGUGUAUGGCGUGUUUUUGACGUACCGCGAGAACGCCCUCUUCGGGGCCAUAGGUUUGAUAUGCGCCGGAAGUGUACCAAGCGUGGAGAUCACCAGGUUGCUUAAGGUGGUGGCUGAGUCCAGUGGGAAGCCCACAUCAGUUAUGAGUUCUUAUCGAUGGAACCUACUCAUCGGGGCCGUGAUUACAUUCAUCGUUCGACUUCUUAUCCCAUUGAUACUCGGAACUUUCGCCAUUGUGACGUCUUCGCCCUUGACAAUGUCCAUACCAGUUGUUGCUUUUUUCUUCACGUCUUUGAUGUUUUUCGGAUCAAUUAACAUCUGGUUGUGUGCAGUGGCCAUCCUGGCUAUCCAUCGACGCAAAAGGCGAUAUCUGAAGGAUAUUUACGUGACUGCUUUAGAUGGACAAAGCAGAAAAACAUUCCCCACCUCACACUCACAACAGCCCACAAUUCUUGCCAAACAGAAUCCCAUAAAAUCGAGGCUCACGACACCUUGUGCCAACGUGAAUCUCACUCCUUCCAGUCAAACUCCAACGAAAAUGUCCAAUAAUCAUGCUUUACCAAAUAACUACGUCAAGAUGCCUGUGAAUGAGGCACUGGUCUUACCUUUCAGGGACAGUUUCAGAUAUCACAGGGGUAGAUCGUCAGAAGAGUCGAGCCGAUCCGGGAGCAACAGAAGCUCAGGGGAGUUGAUGGUCAUACAGGUCGGGGAAGAGGGUGAUGAGAACCGACAAAGAGCCGUCCGAUUUGUUGUACCAAGGUCAUCAUCUGGUCUAAGUUCAUCAUCACUCAUUAACACUACCAAUGCUACUCAUGGCAGUGAGGGGUCCCCACAAACCACGACACCGAGAGCUGACCAAGCACCUAGUGUGACGCCCUCUACGACAGAUGUGUACCUGACACGCACCACUUCCACAAUGGUGUCAUCGACGAUUGUUCCAACAGCACAGACACGGCUACUUCCUACACAAACACCAUCGUCACCAUUGACCCGCAGUAAUUCAAUACAAAUUCCAGUUUCGACAGUGUGUGCAGAUACAGAACGGAAGGAAAGAACGCCGAUUUCCACAUCAUCAUCAUCGUCAUCCACCCGACGAUCACUAUUGAGUCGUCCCACCCUGGGCGUGGAGAAUGAAACAACUUUCGCUUUGUCAGGUUCACGGUCAUCUUCAAGACCGAGUCAUGAAGCUGUCAACAAUGAGACUUUGAACUCUACGCUGUCGAUGCAGCGAGGAUCCCAGAGCCUGAACUCGAUGAACACUCUAAACCGACCAAACAAUGUUAUCAAUACCUAGCAAUGGACAUCAAUCAUGGAACAAUGAUAUUUUCAUAAUGAGACAUAUUUAUAUGAAUAUUUAUUACUUCUUGCCCAUUCCCAUAUAUUAACUAAUAACGUUCUAUUGUCGAUAACACUGUGUAUUUUUUUUCUCCAUUUCUUUAGCGUAUCAUCCAUGAUUAUUGAUACCUCUGUAUGGGGUACCAGCGGACCAUCAUGGUCUAGUUCAGCACUACUUUGACAAAAAUAAGAAAGUAACAAAUAAUAAAAUGACAGACACGCUUUGCCCUUCAACUGAAAAAAAAACACGUUUGUUCCUUGCUUCACUUUGCCAAAUAUGUUUUAAUUCAGUUUGAAUAGGGUUAUGAUCGAUUGAGAUCAUCGAAAUUGUAGAAUUAAUCUCAAUUCAAUACGCUCAAUUCUCCUCCAUAGAGCGGUAUGCAGUUUUCAUGGAAAAGGGCGUAUUAUUGACGUAAGAUUGCGUCAAUGACAAACACGCCCUUAAUUUAACAUACAAUAAACAAAAGGGUCGCACAAAUCACACAAUUCCCAUUAUCAUGUAUAAUGUUGUGCUUGUCCAUAUAAUUAUGUUCAGUGUAAAUGAUGUAUAAAAUAUUAUGUAUGAGAGUUAAGUUAUAUUCCCAAACGGAACUUAAUGUUCUGUAAGCUCAAAUCAAUAUUUUUAUAUAUAAUAUAAUAUAAGACACAAAAAUUAUUUUAUUAAAUCCCAAUGUGAUAUAGAGCGAACGAGGCCAAGUAUGAGUUCAUUGGUCUUGCUGUAUAAAUACGUUUGAUUUCCACACAUUUAUGUGACGUAAAAGGUAAUACAAUGGGUGAACAUCGCACACGUCACCUCUCAUGAUCACUCCGUCAUGCAUCUUCGCUUUGCGUCAUGCAUCUUCACUCAAAAUAUUGAAAAAUGGGUUUGUUAAUUUGAGCGAUAUUCGUCAUGAAAAUCAUGAUAUCUUUCAAUUUAUUGUAUGAAUAACAUAGAUGCAUAAAUACUAUAUGAAUCGUGUUGACGUAAGCGAAUGUCGUUAAGACGAGUGGAUGCAAUAAUGUGCUUUAAAUACCCGAUCAAGGAUUAUCUGAAAUCAUGUUUCUUCCUUAAAUCACUAUAGGGGAAGAAAGUGUCAAAUUAUUAUUUUUGUUUUGCUCCUUGUUGUGUUUUGUUGUUUCUGUUUUUUGUUGAUUUUUGCAGAGGCAGUGUGCUAUACUGAGUUUGCUAUUCAGAUUGCCUCAACUUUACUUUUGAAAAGUUAGUUGUCAGCAAAAUACGGAAAAAUGUGAGGAAUGUGUCAUUUAAUUGAGCAAAUUCCUAUUCAACGAGAAAGUUAUAAUAAAAGAAAAAUGCAUAUGCGCUCGUUGAUACCAGUAAUGCAUAAAGCAUAAAGCAUUUUAAUUUAUUUGGUGCAAGAUAAAGAGCAACGUAUUUAAAAUGGCUUUAAUCAAGGACGGUACGUGCCGGGAAUCGAACCUCGGACUUUCAUUGUAUAGUCGGGCGCCUUCGACCACUCGGCCACGGAACAUAACCAUAUAAGAAGAAAAAAAAUCAUGAAAAGAAACAAAAAAAAUAUUUUAAGUAUAACAAUCUCCAUUUUUUUUAUAUAAAUGAGUUAGUGCAUAUUAUGUAGACCUACAUUGUUAUUUUUCUGAUAAAAAUAAUUAGAAUUUUAGAAUAUUCUUAUGCACAAUAAAGAAUGAUGCAAUUGUGAUAGUUUUGAUAUAUAGUAGAAAUCUUAAAAUUUGUAUGGUAGCAAUCAUUUUCUCACCAUAUCAACAUGAUAAUGAUGUUGAAUCGACAUGACAAGAUGACACCUCGUCAAAGUAGAUCAAUUUAAAAGUUUUCCUACAAAUAGUCUGUAGGCCUUCCAAAACCUAUUACCUUUCUAGAAAUUCAACCUUCCCAACCAAAUGUAAUUUUUGGUACAUUUCUAUUUAAUACCUUUAUCAUUUUUUAAAUGUAACUUAUCAUUUGCAUGUAUUAUUUUUGCAACUGUACACCGAUUAUAUAAUUUAUGAUCUAUGUAUAUGGUGUUUUCAUGCUUUUGCAAUUCCACCAUGCAUGUAUUAAAAAUAUAAAGGAUAUUGAAUAUGCUUCCCGAGAAAGCUUCCAAGUGGGGAUCGUGCCUGGUUCCCUUGUUGGAGGGGGGGGGGGGGGGGGUGUCAACCCUAAUGCACACAGGUCAAACUUUUUUUUUUCUUGCUAAAAGCCACAGUGAUGUGCAAUCUUUUAGUGCUCAAUGUGUAUUGUAAGUUAAUCAUUUCUUAAUGACGGUUUGUUUGUGUGUUUAUUGUAGGUCCAUGGUUUUAACACAGAAAAACAUUUUUAUUCCGAUAAUGAUGUAUUGUGAUUUCAAAGAUAACUCGAGAGCGACUUUGUCAAAUAAAAGCGGAAAAAGAUA